CACCGGGUGAGGGCCCAGAUGAAGAAAAAGCUCUCCGCUGCACUCUCCUCUUCCCUCCCCUCUCCGCCCAUUCACUUUUCCAUCCAUUUCGUCUAUUUGAAUCUGAGGGAAUCCGGGGGCUCACAUGGCAUUGUCUUCUUCUCCGGCGAGACCUCCAAUUAUCCCUCUCUUCUCACUCCUUUUUCUCCUUUUUCUCUUCCGCAUCUCGUCUGUCUUCGCGGGCGAUGUCUCACUCGAUGACGACUCCGCUCCUAAGUCCGGAAAUUGCAACAAUCCCUUUGAUUUGGUCAAAGUUAAGAGCUGGGUUAAUGAUGCUGAAGAUAAAAUCUUUGUUGGUCUAAGUGCAAGAUUUGGGGCUUUGGUGCCCUCUCAGGCUGAAGAUGCUCCCAAAUUGCCAGUUGUUGAUAUGAAUCCUAUAAAUGGAUGUUCUAGUUCUUCUUCAAAGCUAUCUGGAGCAAUUGCCUUGUCUAUACGUGGUGAAUGCGACUUCACAAAUAAGGCAGUAGUUGCACAAGCAGGGGGCGCUGCAGCCCUGUUGAUAAUAAAUGACAAAGAAGAUCUUUACAAGAUGGUCUGCUCUGAAAAAGACACCUCUCUCAAUAUUUCAAUUCCUGUUGUGAUGCUUCCCAAGUCCAGUGGAGAUGCUCUUACCAAAUUAAUAACUGACGGAAAGAGAGUGGAACUUCUAUUAUAUGCGCCAAAGCGUCCAAUUGUGGACUUCUCUGUUGUGUUUUUGUGGAUGAUGGCUGUUGGAACAGUUGCAUGUGCUGCACUUUGGCCAGAGAUCACUGCUGAGCGGACUGAGGAGCGCUAUAAUGAAUUAUCAGCGAAGGAAUCUUCCAGUCGUGAAGCAGCCAAAGAUGACUUUGAUGAUGAAACACUCGAUAUUAAUGCAAAGAGUGCAGUAGUAUUUGUCAUUACAGCAUCUAGUUUCUUGGUGCUGCUAUAUUUCUUUAUGUCUUCUUGGUUCGUUUGGCUGUUGAUUGUUAUGUUCUGCAUUGGUGGUGUUGAGGGUAUGCAUUCCUGUAUAUUAGGACUGAUAUUAAGAAAAGGCAAAAGUUGUGGGCAGAAGACUCUGAAUUUGCCUUUAGUAGGGGAGAUCUCUGUGCUUUCACUUGUUGUGCUGCUUUGUUCCAUGACUUUUGCAGUCGUUUGGGCUCUGAAUCGGCGUGCAUCAUAUUCUUGGGUUGGUCAAAAUAUCCUUGGUAUUUGCCUGAUGAUAACAGUCCUGCAGAUGGCCCGAUUACCUAAUAUUAAGGUAGCAACAGUGCUUCUUUGCUGUGCAUUUGUCUAUGACAUCUUCUGGGUGUUCAUAUCACCAGUAAUUUUCCAUGAGAGUGUAAUGAUUGCGGUUGCCCGAGGGGACAAUAGUGGUGGAGAAUCAAUUCCAAUGCUUUUAAGGGUUCCUCGCACCUUUGAUCCUUGGGGUGGUUUCGAUAUGAUUGGAUUUGGGGAUAUACUCUUCCCUGGGUUGCUUGUUUCGUUUACUCACAGAUUUGACAAAGCACUCAACAAAAGAAGGUGUAAUGCAUAUUUUCCUUGGUUGGUUGUUGGUUACGGAACUGGUCUGGUGUUAACGUAUUUGGGGUUAUAUUUUAUGAAUGGACAUGGUCAACCUGCACUCCUUUAUCUUGUUCCAUGCACCUUAGGUGUUACUGUUGUUUUGGGUUUUAUGAGAGGGGAGAUUAAACAACUUUGGAAUUAUGGGACAGAAAAUUCCUUGGAUAGGGAACCUUCUUCUGGAGAAGCUUGAAGUGUUAGCUCCCUCCCUUUCAAAUGUAGGUGUGUAAAAUAAUGUCUUUUCGUUCUGUGGUGAGAAGGGCACUUGUUAUGAAUGGUAAGGGCUGUCUUCUUAUAAUUGUAUCAUCUUCGUCAACACUUGAUGUAUGUAAGGGGGGAUUUAGUUCUUUAAUUUGAUCAGCUUGAACCCAUGUGGCCAUCAAUUAUAAUUUGUUUUACAUAAUUCAUAUUUGAAAGAAAGAAAAAGAAGUUAUACCACCAUUUCUUUU